CACUUCCCAGCAUGCCAGCUAGUGCAUCGCGUCCCCUCGAGAAAGCUCCGAGUGCUGCGUGCAUUGAGAGCCUAUGCGAGCCCACAGCGCUCCCACUACCGCUCUCCCUCUUGCUUCUCUACCGGCCGGGGACUCCAAGUCCCGUCAUGCAUCGCGCGGCGGCGCAGACUAUAGCUCCCGGCACGCCGCUUUCGGGCGGCAGGAGGCAGGCUUCGCCCCCCGCCCCCGCCGCUUCUCCAGUCAGGCGGCGCCACGGGCAGCCCCAUCCACGUCGGGGUCCUCGCGCGGCCCGGCCUCCUUUGAACGGCCGCGGCGGGCGCGCUGGCGGUUGGCUGCGGCUGCUGCUGCUGCUGCUGCCGCCGCUCCUGCCGGCACCAUGGCCACGGCCUCGGCCUCGGCGGCCGCCGGCGCCCCAGCGCCCCCGCCGUCCCCGCCGCCCCCGCCUCCGGGCCCCGGGAGCGCCCGCUCCGCGGCCAGUGUGGAGCGAGACCUGCUCUGGCGGGUUCUUGGCUGGAGAAUAGCCACCAGCAUGGUCUGGUCUGUCCUGCUUUUGCCCAUCUGCACCACGGCCUUCAUUGUCUUCAGCAACCUCAACCUCUUCCAUCCUGUCCAGUGGAUCUCAGACGCUUUCCACGAUCUGUAUGGCUCCUACGUGGUCUUUUACCUCCUGCUGCUGUCACUGGUGGUGGUCGUCAUCAGCAUUUUCAACAUCGAGUUUUACACAGUGGCACCAUCCAUCCCCUGCUCCCGCCUGGCCCUGAUUGGGAAGAUCGUCCACCCCCAGCAGGUGAUGCACUCCCUGGUGCACUCGGCCAUGGGCAUGCUGAUGGCAUGGUGUGCGGCUGUGAUGACCAAGGAACAGUACCGUGUGCUGGCUGUGCCCUGCACUGAUUCUGACAGCUUGGACAGGAAGGCGGCCCGGGCCUGCUUGAAUGAGCAUCACCUCUUCCUCCUAUUGGCUGGAGCCUUCAUGGGCUACAGCUACAGUCUCCUCUACUUCGUGAACAACAUGAACUAUCUGCCCUUCCCCAUCAUACAGCAAUACAAGUUCCUGCGGUUCCGGAGAGCUCUGCCCCUGCUCCUGCGGCACAGUGCCGUGGAAUCCCUGUACCUGGUCAGGAAUUUCUGCGGCCUCUACUAUUUCCUGGGCUAUAUCCCCAAAGCGUGGAUCAGCACUGCUAUGGACCUCCAGAAAGACGAGAAGCAGCCUCUCCUGGACAGCCUGAGUGGGCUCUUGGACCUCUCCCUGCUCUACCACGUCUGGCUCUGUGGGGUCUUUCUUCAGGUGACCUGGUACAUCGCCUGGGUGCUCUUCAAGAUCUAUGCCACAGAGGCUCACGUCUUCCCUGUUCAGCCCAUGUUUACAGGAGACUCAGAGGAAUGCUUACCAAAAGUCUUAAACGGCAGCUCUCCCCUCAUCAUAAAGUAUCUGGCCCUGCAGGACCUCAUGCUGCUGGCUCAGUACUCUCCUUCCAGGCGACAAGAAGUAUUCAGCCUCAGCCAACCAGGGGGGCACCCCCACAACUGGGUGGCCAUAUCUCGUGAGUGUUUGGCUCUGCUGAACGACUUGACCCAGAAACUUGUGAUCUACCAAGAAGCCGCGGCCACCAACGGACGAGUGAAGCCCCCGCCCAGCCCUGUCGAGUCAGAGAAGCCCCGGGUGAUGGAAGAAGAAAUUACCUUUCAGACUCCCAAGGCCAGGCUGAUGUCAAAGGCUUUGAUGCCAUCGCUGGUAAAAGCGUCCCUCUUUUCUUCCAAAUUUGCUUCUCCUGACUCCCCCGCUCCGGUCAUCUCCCUGUUUGGUGACAAUGUUGGGAGUCGGAUGGCGGGGGUAGGAGACUGCAAGUGUCCUGCGUAUGAGGGCCCCCCGAGUCCCCAGCUGAUGAGAAGAGGCCCCAGACUGUGGACUUCACUGACAGAUCUGCAAAGCAAUGGGCCCCAGAGCCCUGGCUCAUUCCCUCUGUCUGUUAGUUGUGAGGCCAAACACAAAGGCAGAGGCCCGCCCAGGAAGCUGUAUGCGUGGCUGCAGAGUAAACAGCAGCAGGUGAAGAGCUUCCUGUCCAAGCGUGUGCUGAUCGUGUACUUUUUCAGCAAGCACCCAGAGGCUUCUAUCCAGGCAGUUUUUGCAGAUGCUCAGAUGCACAUCUGGGCAUUAGAAGGUCUGUCCCACUUGGUAGCAGCAUCCUUUACUGAAGACAGGUUUGGGGUUGUCCAGACCACGCUCCCCACCAUUCUGAGCACUCUGCUGAUGCUGCAAGAGGCAGUCGACAAACACUUCAAGCUGCCGCAUGCGUCCAGCCGACCACCCAGGCUCUCGGGAAGCCUCGUGGACACUUCUUAUAAGACCUUGAGGUUUGCGCUCCGUGCGUCCCUGAAAACUGCCAUCUACAGGAUAACUACCACCUUUGGGGAACACCUCAACGCGGUGCAGGCAUCUGCUGAGCAUCAGAAGAGACUUCAGCAGUUCUUGGAGUUCAAAGAGUAGUUAAGUAAUAGAAACUGUGUUCAUUACCCUGCUGAUACUGCCGCAGAUGGGACAGUGAAUGCUCAGCAUUCUUGGAUCAGAAGAAAAUGGACUAAUUAGAUGCUUCCUUUGUCGUAGUGGUUGCUUUGAAAACUAUACUUUAAUGGGAGAAAUCAUGGAAAGAAAUUCUCAGCCGAAUAACAGAAAACGGCUUUUUUGUACUGAUCACUUUUUUUUGGGGCUGGGGAGGGGAUAAUAAAGUCUUUAUUCCUCUCUGUGAGCAUCCCUGACAAUGCAGCGGACACUCGGAAAGUGGAGAGUCUGAGGAAGUGGGCCAUCAGUCAGUCGUGGCUGCAGGGAGGAGGUGGUGGAGUAGAAUAUGGAGAGACACGUUUUGUUAAUCUGUCAGGUUGUGUUUUUAUUUAUGGGGAGAGAUUAAAUUUGCAUGAUUGUCCAAAAGAGCCUUCUCCCCUUACAGAUGCCAGCUUUACAUUCAGGAAUGUGGAAAAUUUCACUUCUUAAGUUACGAGAUUAAACAUAAACAUUCAUUUUAUGAAAAGCACUUGACCGAAAUCUGUGAAUUGAACUUAGUGAUUUACUGGUGAAUGGACUGCGCAUAAGUAUCCAUUUUCUUGACUCUGAAUUUGCUUUCUUUUUCCCAAAUGGAACAUGAUACAAUUGUAAGGUUUUUAAAACAAGAGGAAAGUUUUGCAAAGGAAAAACGUGGACACCUUUUUUCUUGGGAUGUUUUUGGGAGCCGAUUUUCACUGUGUCAGGUUGGUUUGCAAAGCUCUCUAACCUUAGAGAGCAAGCAGCCUUUGCUGUGCUGACUGUUCAAUUAAAAUGUAUUGACCAAGAAA